ACGUGCAAUGCCAAUGAUUGUGAGAAGGUACAGAAAGAUAUUAAUAACAUCCAAAUACAAGCUCAAUGCAGCAAAGAUGUAUUCUUCUGGGGAGAUCGAGUACUUGUGUUUUCCUCCCAUCAUCAUCUGGGUGUCAUAAACAAGAUACACACAGAAAACAAGUGCACCAAGAGAUGCAUAGACCAAGGUGCAGUCUUCAGAGAUAAUGGUCCCACAGGAUUGGAUUACCAGUCGUCCAAUACAUGCAAAGAUCUGAAUCGAGAGAUGCUUCAUCACAGUACAGCAACCGAGUUUCGAAAAGCAAAUUACUAUCACAUUAAAGAACGGCAUUGGGACUGGGCAUUUCGAACUCCAGAUGGUGAUAAGAACAUUGAUGAUAACAAUCAAUCCAAGAAGGAAUUCUUGAAGCAGUGGCAUUCUGAAGGAAAUGGAUGCCGUUCUUCCUUCCGGUAUAUUACUAUAGAACUUCAGACAGACCGCUAGCGAGUGACGUCUCGGCAAUUACCAACUAAAGAAAAUGGCGAAGAAGACCUACGAUCUCUUAUUCAAGUUACUUUUAAUUGGUGAUUCUGGAGUGGGAAAAACGUGCAUAUUGUUCAGGUUUUCAGAUGAUGCGUUUACUACGACGUUCAUAUCAACGAUCGGAAUUGAUUUCAAAAUUAAAACUGUUGAAUUAAGAGGGAAGAAAAUCAAAUUGCAGAUAUGGGAUACAGCUGGCCAGGAAAGAUUUCACACAAUUACCACCUCUUACUACCGUGGUGCCAUGGGUAUUAUGUUAGUGUAUGAUAUAACCAAUGAGAAAAGUUUUGAAAAUAUUGUCAAGUGGCUUCGAAAUAUAGAUGAGCAUGCCAAUGAAGAUGUGGAGAAGAUGAUUUUGGGUAACAAGAAUGAUAUGGAAGACAAACGAGUAGUUAGCAGGGAGAGGGGUGAAGCUAUUGCUCGGGAACAUGGCAUCCGUUUUAUGGAAACAUCAGCCAAAGCUAAUAUAAACAUAGAACGUGCUUUUAAUGAACUCGCAGAAGCUAUCCUGGAUAAAACAGCCGGGAAGGAUCCAGCAGAGGCUCCAGACAGAGUGGUCAUGGACAGACGACUAGAUCGAGGUUCAAAUCGGUGUUGUUAAACUUGAAAUGAUAAGCGAAAGUGAACCAAGUGUUGUGCUGGUGGGAAGGACUAGUGCACUGUAGCACAACUUUUGGAGGUUCAUGUCUGUUCUAAGGGCAGUUUCAGACAAGGACAUUCUCUUAAAAAAUGCAACUUUGUAUUAUGACUGCUUUCAUUUGUUCUUAUUUUUCUAGUUCAAAGUGUUUUCACCUAUUAAUAAAAUGUUAGUGGAAAGUUUUUUAAAAGAAAUAUUCACUGUUUUGCACCAUUUCCUUGUAACUGUCCUUCAUUUGUACGUGCACUCUAAAGCUACAGAUUUCCCGGUCCUAUUUUUUUGUUACACAAAAGCUGCUUAUGUUAGAUGUUAAAGUGAAGCAUAUAUGUAUACAUAUGGGUUUUAUAGUCCUUAGUAUUGUGUGGAAAUAUCCCAUAGUUUAAAGUGUAAUGGGAAUUGAAGCCAUUUGAGAAAAGGGGUGAAACUGUUCCUUUAAAGGAACAUUUUUCAAGUAACUAGUGUUUUCCGCCUUUUCUGGAACAAGACUUCGCAGAAUACUUGUUAAAGCAUUAUAAGAAUGAAUGUAAUAUUUAGAAUGUAUGCCAGUGUGUAUGUUAUCUUUGAGUUAAUAUGUUCUCAGCUAUGAAUAUCAAACUUUUUCUAAACCCAUAACUAUCUGAUUUCCUUAUUGCAAGUGGUGUCUCUUUUGUAUCAGUACUUAGACACACUGCAUCCUUACUUUUAGAUGUGUGCAUGAUUGGGAAUUCAAGAAUGUAACUGCAACAAGUUACAAGUGUUAAGUGAUUCACAAAUAAGCAGUGAUGAUGCCUAGUCCUUCCCUCCAUUAGUUCAUAACCAUUACUGGUGCUAGAAGAGAAUGCAGGUGAAAGAAUUGUGGAGGAAUGAACAAAGAGGGAGGGCAAACCUUGGUAGGCUGCAAAAGCAGGUUUGCAAGUCAGAAUCUUUGAGAAUAAUUUUACUUUUAGAAUUCUUUGUGAACAUGGUUAUUUUUUGUGUGUGAAUACAAAAACAACGCUGUUUAUUAACACUUUGUCAAAGAUUCUUGAUAGUUGUUUUUUAUAAGAAGGUAUUUUUUAAUGAGUGCUGCUUCUAAGAAUGGCUGCUCCAGGUAGUGAAGCCAAGGAAAUUACAAUUACUGAUGGAAAAGCAGUUUAGAUAAUUGUAGUUAAAAAAAAAAAAAGAUUCAGAAAAAGACCCUGCCUUAUGUUGUAUGAAGAUUCUAGUGUCCAAUUAAAACAGAUUAAUUUUGAAAUCUGUACUUUUUCUGAUAAAUAUUUAUGAAAAUAAGGAAAGAACAGAUGAUCCGCUGGUUACUUCAGUGAAAAAAUGUGAAUUUCACUUGUCUUGUCCAAGGUUGUGGAAGAGUUUUACCAUUACAAUGGUCUGCAAUUUAGUGUAUGGUCAUAUUAAUUCUAAUUGUUCAUCUCAAAGCAGUUGACAUUUUUUUCAAGAUCAGAAACACAAAGUCAACAAUUACAAAUGUAAUAUUAAGUUGUAAUUAAUUUUUCAAGUCCUACCAAGGGUAGGGACCAAUAGGUACCAAGAGGCAGAAUAAUAAUUCACUAAAUGUAUAUUAUAAGCAGCGAUACAUGAACUCCAAGAAGAAAAUUGAACAUUUGUUUUACUGUACACAUAUUUACAAAUAUAUUUUGAAUUGAAAAUUGAAUUUUAUUUCAAAGUUUGUUAAUAAGGGGAUUUUCUAAGCAAGAGAAUUUUGCAAAUUAAAUGGCUGCUGUACUGAUAUUUUUGCCUCAAAUAAUGUCAACUGUGGUGAAAUUUUAUUUUUUUUAUCGUAGGAUGAAUCCCUCAAUUACAAAAUGUUUUUUACUCAAGAAUAUUCUUGUUAUUCAUUCAAGUUUAACAAAGAAUGGUGUAAACUCUGUAAAAUUAAAAGCCAAAAGAAAUGCACAAGUAAAUUAAGUCACAUAAGUGUUAGUGUAUUUGUGAAACUAAUCACUCAUUUUUAUUACAAACUGAGUGAGAAUGGAUUUCUUCCUUUCAAGGAAGGUACAAUGUGAAACUUUGAAAGAGAAAGGAACUUCUCUAAUACUGUACCGAUUAUCAUUGUGCGUAAAGCCAAAAAUGAAAUGUUUUAACUGAACAAUAGAGAAAUUGUGAAUUAAAGGAUUAAGUGUAAGAUGUUGUAGGCCUUUCAAAUGUAUUCAGAAUUCUGUCCCACAACAUCAGAAAUGUAAAGAAUUUGUUGUUCUUUCAGAAUGAAUUUUCAUCUGAUGUGCCUCUUUUCUCCAGGUGUUUAUUGUCAUUUUCUGUUAUAUAUAUUUACACUGAUUAUAUAGUUACAAUUCUCAAAUAUAUUUAUGUUGAAAAGCAUUUAUAUUAAGUGGUUUCUUCAUGUGAUAUAAUGACGAGGCUGACUACGUUUAGAAUAUAGUCAUAUCUUGACUGCUUCAAUAACCUAACAAAUAUGCAAGAUUGAACAGUUUUGUCAGUUAAGAGGCUAGUCACAUAAAUAAGUAAUGACAUUCUUUGUUCAAGUGGUAAUUAGCAAUUAUCCAAUAAUUUCAUGUUUGCAUCAGUUCUUGUUCAGUAAUACCAACAGAAAAUUCAGGAAUUUUGAAAGUAACGUGUAAUUUUGUAAUUCCUUUUUGUUUGUUCAUGAAAAGGAACAGUGCCUAGAUAAGAGCUGAUGUUUAAUUGCUGUCUUUCAUUUGAAGAAAGCUUGAGUAAGAAUUUGUUCAGCAAGAUACGUACACGUAAGACUAUUUAGUGCUUCGCGGUAUUUUAUUACAGUAUGUAAAAUGUAAUAUGUUGUGUUUACUUUCAAAAUUAGAACUUGUCACAUUUCUCUAAAAUAAAUUUUUUAAACAAAAACAAAUAUAUGAUUUGUUUCUUCUCAAGCAAAUGAAAUUAAGUAUGAUUUAAGGAAUUGUUGGUUGUAUUUACUAAUCUAUAACAUUUUUAUCAAUAGACAUGGUGUUUUAGAUGAAGUUAGUGUGCUAUAAUUGCACUGUCCUGAAUCCUUUCAGACAUUUUAUCAUUUUAAGAAUACCAUAUAAAAAUGUGACUAUUUCAUAGAUCUCUUCACCAUUCAAAAAGUGAAUGUCAUUUUAGAAAAUUAAAUGUGUAAAUAUAGAGUGUAAUACUCACGUCACACAUUUUGGCAAGUAUUUAAAAGGCAAAAUUGAAAAUAGUUGUCUUCAGAAAAAACUUAAAUGCUUAUGAAUCUAAGUGCUUCUUUAAUCUUGUCAGCCUCCAUAAAUGUGUGUUUCACUACUGUAGAUCAAUAAUCAAACAACAAAUGAGUGACAAAUCUUUAUGCAUUUAUUUUGCCCACUUUUACACAUCGGUAUGCGAGUUUCAUACAAGGUGCCAUAACAAAAUCACAUACACAAAUCAGUGGAUGAAACUUGGAAGCACUGCUUCCAAUAUAUGUAGCAAAAUGCAUGUGCCUUUAUGUUCAACUAUGAACAAAUAUUUAUCUAAAUUUAAUAUAGCAUUGUUUGUCUGUAUAAAUUCGCCUGUCGUGAAAAUCUGCUAAUGUACCAAUGAAAUUAUCCUUUUCAUAUUUUAUUUACUCUAUGAAAUGGUGUUGCCCGUUAGUGACAAUCUUAAAAUGUCUUAAAAAGCAAAUAAUUAAGCUACUAAGCACAGUUUGCCAUGAUAAUUGUUUAAUUUAUAUUUUGUGUGUUGUUCCAAACUUUGCUAGUCGAUCAUUACAAGUCACAAAACAUGUUUACAGAAGACAAAAUUAUUACAUAUACAAUUGAUCAUACUCUCUUGCUUUUAUCGAUUUUACUUAGAGAUAAAACUGAAUAGUUCUGAUACAAAUUUGAAUAGCUUUCCUACAAGACAACUGAAAGGAUAAGAAAUUAUCCUAAAAAUGUAUUUUUAAAGAAUAACCAAAUUAAUCAUAAAAACUAAAUUUGUCAUCUAGGCUAGAAAUACUCAAGAUACUGUAUUGGCUUUUAUCUAAGGCUUUGUAUACAUAAAAAUCAAAAGAGUAUGGUCAGCUCCAUGAACCAAUCGGGGGAAAAGGAAAUUUACAUAGGAUAUACAUAUCUAUAUCCAUUUUUGUACAUGAUUUGCUUAGUACCAAUUUGAACGAUAUUUAAUAAUUUGACAGUUCAUGUAUUUCUAAAAGCACAAAUGCAGGUGUUUCAUAUGAGAAAGACUAUGUAAGUAAAUACUUGUACUUGACUUAAAGUGUUGAUUAUAUU